AUGUCGAGAUUGGCGAUAGAAGAUGAAGCAGCUUGUUCUGCUGCCAAGAAGUUCACGGACUUAUAUUACGAUGCUGUUGAUAGGAAAAGAAACAAAAUGAAUUUUUUGUACAUGGACGAAGCUACUCUUGUAUGGAACGGCAAUGCUGUACGUGGAGUAGAUGUCAUUGCCAAGUUUUUUGACGAUUUACCGAAUUCCACUCAUACGAUUGAGUCAUUAGAUUGUCAAUAUAUCGACAGUUCCGACCCAGUACGGCCUAUAGUGGUUCUAGCUGUUGGUAAAGUCGUUCUUGGUCAAAUUACACACGCCUUCACACAGACACUUGUUUUAAUGCUGGAUGAUGAAAAGUACAAAAUACUAAGUGAUCGAUUUCGAUUUGUUGAUUGA